GUUGCAACUCUUAUCAACUCUCAUCAACUCUUAUGACAGUUCCCAGGUUGUUAGUUCAAAAAAGAUGUAAUUUCCAAACUUUAAGGUUUCACGGGCUGUUUGGAGACCAGUGGACAAAAAUCGGCAGUUGCCUUGGUCGCAGUGGAAUGUCAGUCCUUCAUAAAUUCCUGGAACUACAGGGGACAAAUGGUAAGAAUUGUCAUAUCUUGCAGGACAUUUUUUAGGAAAUUACAACUGAUGAGGCUAAGUCUCAAUGAGGGCCCUUCCCCCACACAGUUACGCGUACAUAAAGACCAUGCUGUGCUGACUCUUAUAAGAUGGAAUGUCGAGAAUGUGAGAGGAUAUGAGAAAGCAGGCAAAUGCAGCUUUUUUAGUUCUUACUAAUGAUCAAAAGGGCCCAGCUCAUCUGAAAAUAUUACUUCACUGCUGGGGCAAGCAAAGGGCCUACCGGGGGGUAAAUGCCCCAGUAGUUAUAUAGUUAAAAAAUGCCCUGCUUGUAGGUUAUGACGGGGGCAACAGGUUGCCUUUUUUACAAAAACUACACUUCGAAAAUCAUGCGUUACUCACAUGAAUUGAAAUUGAGAAUUGUUUUCAAGCUCAAAUUUCAUUUUGAAAUUCCUCUCAGAAACGUAUUCCACCUUUAUGAAGAAAAGUCAAAAGGAAGCUUGCCAAAACAACAAAAGAAGCUGUCAUGUUGUUUUACAAUGCAUUUUAGUCUUUGGCGUCGUGCAAGGAAUAAAAUUGUUCCAAUAUUUAUGUUUUUCUACAGAGGGCUGCUGGUCAGAGGAAGAAAUUGGGCGUCUCGAUGCGAGCGUAAGAGCUUCGACAGGCACCGAAUUUGGGAGUCAAAUUUAUGGCGAUAUAAAUUGGAUUGAAGUAGCAGAUUUCGUUAUGACACGAACGUCUUAUCAAUGUCGGGCAAAAUGGUAAAGCAUGUAUAAUUUUGUUGUGAACUUGUGAUAAGGAGGAGAUUUUAGAACCGAUAGUGUUAUCCAGAAUAGAAAUUUUGCACAUGACGUCAUAGCCGCCAUGUUGGUGUUCCAAUUCAAAAGAAUUUUAAUUAGAUUCUUUUGUCUGGAUCACCAACAUGGCCGCCAUGGCUUUUGUUGAGUUGGUCCCUGGGGAAUGAGUGCCAACGCUCUAUAUAUAAAGUAAGUUUAGGUUUCCUUCUAUAGCCCUAGUACUGAACUAUUUUGGAGUGAUCUGAUACAGUUCAAUUGAAAUAUUUUAAGAUUUUUUUUAUUUAGGUUAAAAGAUGUAUGUUGGAAAACUGCCAAUGGGGAAAAGAACAUCAAAUGGAAUUCUGAAGAUGAUGUUAAACUAAUCGAAAGGUUAGUAUCGGCUCUGGGAAGAAUCGAACCUGCGAUUCCGGUGCAGCGCUCUAACCAACUGAGCUACAGAGGACAGCAUGCCUGUAGAAAGUAGGAAAUUAUGGAGCGACGCUACCUCCAAAGUCAACCCAAAAGAUACACUUGAGUAACUUGGGUAAUUCAAAACUGAGUUGAAAUAUGAAUUGUGAAGUUACUGGCUAACUCCAAAAAUCCGAUCCUCAGACCCUCGGGAUCUGAGACCAUGACAAGGGUCGCGGGGAAUGCGUUCGUUCCCCUCGACCCUUGUCAUGCUCUGUUGGCCGCAUGUAAGACGGGCUCCUAGCUCCAUUUGAAGACUGGCUACCUUCACAAAAAUAAAAUCUACAGGUGUGGAGGACAGUUGUUGAGCUCUAUAAACCACGAACUUGUGGUUAAGCUUGACAACUGGCCUCUGUAGCUCAGUUGGUUAGAGCUUGACAACUGGCCUCUGUAGCUCAGUUGGUUAGAGCUUGACAACUGGCCUCUGUAGCUCAGUUGGUUAGAGCUCGACAACUGGCCUCUGUAGCUCAGUUGGUUAGAGCUCGACAACUGGCCUCUGUAACUCAGUUGGUUAGAGCUCGACAACUGUCUCUCUGUAGCUCAGUUGGUUAGAGCUCGACAACUGUCUCUCUGUAGCUCAGUUGGUUAGAGCUUGACAACUGUCUCUCUGUAGCUCAGUUGGUUAGAGCUCGACAACUGUCUCUCUGUAGCUCAGUUGGUUAGAGCUCGACAACUGGACUCUGUAGCUCAGUUGGUUCGAGCUCGACAACUGGACUCUGUAGCUCAGUUGGUUAGAGCUCGACAACUGGACUCUGUAGCUCAGUUGGUUAGAGCUCGACAACUGUCUCUCUGUAGCUCAGUUGGUUAGAGCUUGACAACUGUCUCUCUGUAGCGCAGUUGGUUAGAGCUUGACAACUGGACUCUGUAGCUCAGUUGGUUAGAGCUUGACAACUGGACUCUGUAGCUCAGUUGGUUAGAGCUUGACAACUGGACUCUGUAGCUCAGUUGGUUAGAGCUUGACAACUGGACUCUGUAGCUCAGUUGGUUAGAUCACUGCAUCGUAAUCGCAGUGCCGCAGCUUCGAUUCCUGCCAGAGGGCCUACAUUUGAAUUUUUCGCAACUGCUCCUGGUUAGGUGUAAUAAAUGUAUAAAAAUUUUACUCGGAAAUUUCCAUAUUUUGCAGAUUGUAUGUCGCGAACGAGACAGACGAAAAUGACAUCAACUGGGUGCAGAUGACGAAAGAUCUUCCUAAGUAAGCUUGUAAAUAUGCAUGACGAAAAAAAAGUUUUUUUCAGAAUCGCACAACAGAGAAGACUUAUUUUGAUUCGUUUUUAGGACGCCAUCUGUUACGUGGUUACGGUCCAAAUGGACAACGUUAAAGAAAGCCGUUCCAAAUUACACCGAGUGUGAUUUUGAAGGUAAGGCAGCUUAACCGUUUACAUUUGCGAUAGACUGCACUUGACUUUAGUCUGUCUAGACGGAUCAUCCAUCCUUAUACGUUCUCAACCUGAAAUCGUACAUUUUACCGUAAAA